AGUUGGAAGUGCCUAUUUUGCAUAAUAGUAUUGAAGGAUUAGCACGUCCAGAUAAGGUAGAGGCGAAUGAUUAUGAGAGCGGAGAUGUCUUCGAUGAUCCUGCUAUCUAUCUGGCUGCUCUGGAAGAAGUGUCAAUGUGGGAAGAGGGAGAGCUCACCAUCGAAGAACCGAAGGUGGAUCUAGACAAUCUGUCGAAGGAAGAGAGGAGAGAGAUAGUGAAACUUUUCGAAACAAAAAAUGAACUAUUUACUAGAAAACUAGACAAACUUACUCAGACCAACAUGAUUCAGCACGAGAUCGAUACUG